AAUCCCACUUGUCAGACAGAAAGAGAACUUCUUGGCCACCUCCACCAUGGCACCCAAGAGAGCAAAGAAGAGAGCAGAGGGCGCUAACUCCAAUGUCUUCUCCAUGUUUGAGCAGACCCAAAUCCAGGAAUUCAAGGAGGCAUUUACCAUCAUGGACCAGAACCGAGAUGGAUUCAUUGACAAAGCAGAUCUAAGGGAUACAUUUGCUGCCCUGGGUCGUGUGAAUGUGAAAAAUGAAGAAAUCGAUGAAAUGAUAAAGGAAGCUCCAGGACCAAUUAACUUCACCGUCUUCCUGACCAUGUUUGGGGAAAAACUCAAGGGUGCUGACCCAGAAGAAACUAUUCUCAAUGCAUUCAAAGUGUUUGAUCCGGAAGGCAAAGGGGUGCUGAGGUCUGACUAUAUCCAGGAAAUGCUCACCACCCAAGCAGAGAGGUUUUCUAAAGAGGAGGUUGACCAGAUGUUUGCCGCCUUCCCUCCAGAUGUGACUGGACACCUAGAUUACAAGAAUCUUGUGCAUAUCAUCACACACGGGGAAGAAAAAGAUUAGGGGUGGGGGGUUUUCUCCUGUUCCUUCAUCCCUUCCAUGUCUAGUGAGUGCCCCACCCACUCACUUGCCCUGGUCCUCAGUACGGCAGCCUGCCUCCCUAAUCUUGCUUCCAUUGAUUAGCUGUGCUGGUGCCUUGCUCCCAUCGGUUUUAUGGCACCCCUCCCAGCCUCCUCCACCUGUACCCUCCCCCUCCAUAUCCCACCACCUUUGCUUUU